CAGGAGCUCUGCUCCCAGCCCCGCUCACCCACUCAUGAGCAGCAUCCCGCGGGCUGUGGAUUAGGUGCGAGCUGUGGAGCGGCUGCGGGCGGCAGAGGCUCUUAGCAGGUUCCGUGGCGCAGGAGAGGAGCGAACGGACUUCAGUGCAGAGGCGGCCGGAGAGAAUUAUGCGGCCGGAGGAUGUCUAGGGCCGUCGGGGGCUGCCGCGUUUCCCCGUGCCGCGGGAUCCCCGUGGGAAUGCUUGCCUUGUGGUUUGCGCUCUGCUUUUUCCUGGUGAGCGCAGUCCCGGCGGCCAGGCUGCCGAUUGCCGAGGCCGAAGAGGACAGGACUGCGAGAAGAGCAGCAGACUAUCUUACUGAAGAUCCAGCCCAGGUCGACGAGCUUGUGUUUGGAAUUGGAGACACCAUCGAGUUGUCCUGCAGCGCUGAAGAUUCCUCCAUGUCUACCUCGUGGUUCAAAGAUGGGAUUGCCAUCUUUACGAACAACAGGACGGGAACGAGACAGAACAUGCUGAAAAUAAUUAAUGUGUCCUACGACGAUUCUGCAGUUUACAGCUGUCAGUUGUGGCCUUCUGCCGAGAUCCUCCGCAAUUUCACCAUCAGAGUAACAGAUCUGCCAUCAUCUGGUGAUGAUGAAGAUGAUGAUGACGAGGAGCCUGAGGACAGAGAGCCUCCAUAUUGGACGCAGCCUGAGAAAAUGGAGAAGAAGCUCACUGCGGUUCCCGCCGCCAGCACCAUCCGCUUCCGCUGUCCGGCCGCCGGAAAUCCGACGCCCAGCAUCUACUGGCUGAAGAACGGGAAGGAGUUCAAAGGCGAACAUCGCAUCGGCGGCAUUAAACUUCGACACCAACAGUGGAGCCUUGUAAUGGAAAGCGUGGUGCCGUCGGACAAGGGAAACUACACUUGCGUGGUCGAGAACAAGUAUGGAAGCAUCCGACAAACGUAUCAGCUUGAUGUGUUGGAGAGGUCUUCCCAUCGGCCCAUCCUCCAGGCAGGAUUACCAGCCAAUCAGACCGUGGUGAUCGGGAGCGAUGUCGAAUUCCGCUGCAAGGUCUACAGCGACGCUCAACCGCACAUACAGUGGUUAAAGCACGUGGAAGUUAACGGCAGCAAGUACGGACCCGACGGGGACCCUUACGUCUCCAUCCUGCAGUCCAAGAUCAGCAACACGGCAGAGGCUGAUAGUAGCCUAAAAUUAUAUAAUGUGACAGAACAAGAUCAAGGGGAAUAUCUGUGUAGAGCCAACAAUUCCAUAGGCCUUGCCGAGGCAUCCUUUUGGCUCCAUAUUAACAAACCAACGGCAGCAGAGCCAGUGGAGAAAGUGAAUACGGCGCCCUCCAGUUCCAUCAACAUUCUCAUAGUUGUCACAGUCGCCAUAGUGUUAAUAUUGUUGAUCAUCAUCAUCAUCACGUACCGAAUGAAAGUCCCCUCCAAGAAGGCAAUCAACACGCCGACCGUGCAAAAGGUCUCCAAAUUCCCUCUGAAGAGACAGCAGGUGUCUCUGGAAUCCAACUCUUCUAUGAAUUCCAACACACCGUUGGUGAGGAUUACCCAUCUGUCUUCCAGCGAUGGGGCCAUGCUGGCCAACGUGUCGGAGCUCGGCCUGCCGUCUGAUCCCAAAUGGGAGCUGCCAAGGUCCCGUUUGACGCUUGGGAAGCCACUCGGAGAAGGAUGCUUUGGCCAGGUGGUGAUGGCUGAAGCCAUAGGCAUCGAUAAGGAAAAGCCCAAUAAAGCCUUAACUGUAGCUGUGAAGAUGCUUAAAGACGAUGCUACUGACAAAGACCUCUCGGACCUGGUUUCCGAAAUGGAAAUGAUGAAAAUGAUCGGAAAACACAAAAACAUCAUAAAUCUCCUGGGCGCUUGCACGCAAGAUGGACCCCUGUAUGUUUUGGUUGAAUACGCGUCUAAAGGAAACCUGAGGGAGUAUCUUCGAGCGCGGCGCCCGCCGGGAAUGGAUUAUUCGUUCGAUACGUGCAAAAUCCCCACCGAGCAGCUGACCUUCAAAGAUUUAGUAUCCUGCGCUUACCAGGUCGCCCGUGGGAUGGAAUAUCUGGCGUCCCAAAAAUGCAUCCACCGAGACCUCGCGGCAAGGAAUGUGUUGGUAACGGACGACAAUGUGAUGAAGAUUGCGGACUUUGGAUUAGCCAGAGAUAUUCACAACAUCGAUUACUACAAAAAGACAACCAACGGUCGGCUGCCCGUGAAGUGGAUGGCCCCAGAAGCAUUGUUCGACCGGGUGUACACUCAUCAGAGCGAUGUAUGGUCGUUCGGAGUGCUUUUGUGGGAGAUAUUCACGCUAGGAGGUUCCCCGUACCCUGGGAUCCCAGUAGAAGAACUCUUUAAGCUCUUAAAAGAAGGACACCGGAUGGAUAAGCCGGCAAACUGCACUCACGAGCUCUACAUGAUAAUGAGAGAGUGCUGGCACGCAGUCCCAUCGCAAAGGCCAACCUUCAAGCAGCUGGUUGAAGACCUUGACCGUGUCCUCACUGUAACAUCUACUGAUGAGUACCUCGACCUCUCGGUGCCGUUCGAGCAGUAUUCCCCCGCCUGCCAGGACAGUCACAGCACCUGCUCUUCCGGGGACGACUCUGUCUUCGCGCACGACGUUCUUCCCGACGAACCGUGUCUUCCCAAACACCAGCAAUACAGCGGUGUGAUCCGAACAUAACUCCGGCAAAUAGUAAACAAACAAAUGAAACAACGCGGGUGGAAGGUAGACUCAAAAGAGCGCCGAGGUCAUGACAUGGAUUGCGUUUUUGAGCCGAAGAGAUUACUUGCUGUUCACGAAGUCAAGAAGCACUGUUUUGGCCCGAAGGAACUAAUCUUGUGCCAAGAUACAUAAAUAUAUAUAUAUAAAUUAAGAUAUAUAUAUGUUUUAAAGACAAUGUUGAAAAGGGGGGUCUGACAAAAUGGCCUUCCGAGGUCCACUGUUGAGAACCAUCCUGUGCCUGCGAUGCAAAGGAAAACAAAACCGAAAAGACAGUUUUUGGGGAGGAAAACACAAAUGUAACGAAUGUACAAAAA